AUGGGAGAAUGGACCAUCCUAGAGCGCCUCCUGGAGGCUGCUGUGCAGCAGCACUCUACUAUGAUUGGGAGGUCCAGGGUGACGGGCUGCAGGUUGUGGGGGUUAGCAAAGAGCGGGAAGGAGAAAAGACAGAAAGAGAGGGUAGCUAAGGAGAAACUCAAAAAGAACAAUGACAUCUACGGAGGCAGUGAAGGGAAAGGGAUCUUGCUGACUGUCGUUGUCAUCUUCCGUAUUCUGAUUGUGGCCAUCGUCGGAGAGACGGUGUACGAGGAUGAGCAGACCAUGUUCAUCUGUAAUACUUUACAGCCGGGCUGCAACCAAGCUUGCUAUGACAAAGCCUUCCCCAUUUCCCACAUCCGCUACUGGGUCUUCCAGAUCAUACUGGUGUGCACACCCAGCCUCUGCUUUAUCACCUACUCUGUCCAUCAGUCAGCCAAGCAGAGAGACCGGCGCUACUCUUUUCUCUAUCCAAUAAUGGAGAGGGACUACGGCGGAAGGGAUGGGGCUCGGAAGCUCCGCAACAUAAAUGGAAUUCUAGUUCAGCACGGAGGGGAUAGUGGAGGAGGGAAGGAAGAACCUGACUGUCUGGAGGUGAAGGAGAUCCCCAAUGCCCCACGGGGCCUCACGCACGGGAAGAGCUCCAAGGUUCGCCGUCAAGAAGGGAUCUCCCGCUUUUACAUCAUUCAGGUGGUCUUCAGAAACGCCCUAGAGAUUGGCUUCUUAGCGGGCCAGUACUUCCUUUAUGGCUUCAGCGUGCCUGGGAUUUUCGAGUGCGACCGCUACCCGUGUCUCAAGGAGGUGGAGUGCUACGUGUCCCGGCCCACAGAAAAAACGGUUUUCCUGGUCUUCAUGUUUGCCGUGAGCGGCAUUUGCGUGGUGCUCAAUCUGGCUGAGCUCAAUCAUCUCGGCUGGCGCAAGAUCAAGGCAGCCAUCAGGGGCGUCCAGGCCCGUAGGAAGUCUAUCUGUGAAAUCAGGAAGAAGGACAUGGCGCAUCUGUCUCAGCCACCCAACCUGGGACGCACACAGUCCAGCGAAUCGGCCUACGUCUGACGAUGAAGACAGACAACAGAGGGGGAGCGGGAUGAAUUCUGAUUUUAAUUUAAUGAAGAUGGUGUGGAGGUCAAACAAGAUGACCUCUCUUCUAUGACAGAAUGAAACAGAAUGUAAAAAAAAGACCAAACCUCAGGCUCUGCGGCGCUGAAAGUCAGCAGAGGCUUGAGAAGGAAGAAAAUUAGAGAGCAUCAAAGAGGACAAUAAAUUUCGUUUUGCAAACAUACAUAAUAAAGACAUGCUGAUCUCAUAAGGAGAUAGUCCAACUGCCAUUUUUAUACUUCUGUCUUUUUUAACUAACGACCUUCUCUGCUUCUCGUUUCUUAUGCGGAGAAUUAAAUCCUCACGGGGCUGAUCUAGAGAUGAGAGUAAGAGGGGAAGAGGGAGGAAAACAGAUGAGAGGCUGUUUUGUGUUCUCUGGGGAUAUUCGAAGGCGACAUGGUUGUUUGAUGCAUC